CAUUUUUCACUCUCAAAAAUAAUAAAUAAAAAUGGCCAUCAAAUUAUUUUCUGUUUUCUCCUUGACUCUUUCAAUUAUCUUAAUUUCUUCAAUUUUCUUCCAUUUCUCCGCCGCAUUGGGUGGUGCAGUUGGUGGUUGGACCCCGUUAAAUGACGUAAAUACCCCUGAAGUGGUUGCGAUAGGACAAUUCGCGGUGAAUGAGCACAAUAAAGAGGCAGGGACAAAAUUGGAAUUUCAAAGUAUUACUAAAGGAGAAAGUCAAGUCGUUGCCGGAAUAAAUUAUCGACUUGUAAUUAACGCUAAAGAUGGAGGUCAUGUUCGUAAAUAUUUGGUGGUUGUAUGGGAUAAACCAUGGGAGAAAAUUAAGAAACUUACUUCCUUCAAACAAAUGUAAGUGUUGGUUAUGAAUUAUGAU